AUGGGUGAUUACGAGCAACGAUACCAGCAGGGUCUUUACCUGUCUCCAAAUCAACAGGACCUUCUGCUUGCUGCUCUGACUUCCAACAACCCAAACGCCAAGCGGCAGAGUGGCACUCCCCCGAUCAAGACUGACCAAAGUCCCGAUCAAUCUUUGGAUAGUCUCAGUGCUCCGCCGUCUGGGGGAUUUGAUAAUGGCCACAACUUCACCUACGGGGAGAACGAUAGCCCUUACUUGGACUUCACACCUGAUUUGGACUUCGAGUUUCCCGGCUCUGGGGAUUUGAUUGGCGAUCUGCCUGGGUCGACCUAUGACAUCGGAGAAAAGCGGAAGUCCCUCGACGGAAAGUCAGACAUUGAAGGCGAGGAGAAUGGGAAGAAACGCAGAGAAAGUGAGGCUAAAAAGCCCGGAAGAAAGCCACUCACUUCAGAACCGACUACGAAGCGCAAGGCACAGAACCGGGCCGCCCAACGGGCGUUCCGUGAGCGCAAGGAGAAACAUUUGAAGGAUUUGGAAGACACGGUGGAGUCGCUGCAAAAGAAAUCAGACACGACCACCCAAGAAAAUGGCUUGCUGCGAGCCCAGGUUGAGCGAUUGCAAGUCGAGCUCCGCGAGUAUCGGAAGCGUCUCUCUUGGAUGGCUUCGGGGUCUGGCAAUGGAAUGUCGGCGCUAAGCUCAAACUCUGUUCCAAAUGCCCAAUCGAAGGGAGUUUAUGGUAUUCAAAAUAAUGAGUUCCUCUUCGAUUUCCCCAAGUUUGGGGAUUUGCCCGGCGGUCACCUCUUCAACGGCCAGGCCAAGAACGACCAAUCAAAGACCAGCGACAGCCCCCGACCACCCGGCGUGUUGGCUCGUCAAACCUCGAAUGGACCUUCAUCUCGGUCCAACUCAGCAGGAGCAGGCUAUGCUAGGUCAGAUGGCUCUAAGUCCCACGGCACUCCUAACAGCGCCACAUCCGCCAAAGGACCGGAUUCUGGCUACAGGUCUUCCACGCACACACAUGACAAUUCGACGUCGCAGAACUCACCGUCAUCUUCCUCUGACUCUCAUCAAAGCCAGUUGCUCUCGUCUAAUGGCACUUCUCCGGAACCAAGCCUUAGCUCACCGGGUGGAAAAUACCGUGAGCUUGGCCCCGGUGACGCCUGCGGCGGCCACAUCACUACCGAUGGCGAGAAGUCUUUCUGUGAGCAACUCGGAAUGGCCUGUGGCAAUAUUCGGAACCCCGUCCCCGCAGUCCGGGAUGGAAAAUCACAGAGUGUCUCAAGUAACCUGCCCACCCCGACCGACAAUACCGCCGUUGAAGACGAUUCCCAGGAUCUCGGAAUCGAUUGGCUGGCUCACCAAAAUGGUGGUCAAUUUGAUCCAGUGCUCUUUGGUGACUGGCGAGAGCCUCAAGAUGCCGUUCUGUCUCAAGACUUUGGCUCUUUCUUCAAUGAUGCGUUCCCCCUGCCAGACCUAGGCAGCCCAUCUCAUAACCUGAGUGAGGCCGCCGUUGAUUCACAGCCCAAGAAGAGCCUCAUCGCCCAGAUUGACCACAAGGCCGAAGAAGACGAGGUUGUUCCCGGCGAAGACCAGUCACAGAUGCUAUCGUGCACAAAGAUUUGGGAUCGCCUGCAAUCGAUGGAAAGAUUCCGUAAUGGCGAGAUCGAUGUCGACAAUCUUUGCUCUGAACUCCGCACCAAGGCACGCUGCUCCGAGGGAGGUGUUGUCGUCAACCAGAACGACGUCGACGACAUCAUGGGCCGAGCCAAAUAG